GUCAUUGAAAGUUUCGAGAAAAUGUCGAGUGCAAUGCUGAUAGCUUUCUGCGUCUUGGUUGUUUUGACCGGACAAUCGGUUGGCCAAAAUGUGGCGGUGCAACAGUCAAUUGAUUGGGCCAACGAACAGUUCAAAGUCGCUCAAGUUGUGGCCCAAGGAAAGCUACCCAACAAUCUUGAGGCCCAGAACGAUGCCAAUGACCAGCUGGACACUCUGAAACUGGCUUUAUCUCAUUGCGAGGCUGAGCUGAAAUCCACCCAAAAUGUCGAUCUUCACAAGACUUGUGUUAAAGCCGUGUUCGCUGGCUUUUACACUGCUUUGGAUCGCUUGGCCGCGGAACACUGGCCCAUUUUUGGAGCCACCUCUGGUGCCUCACGAAUUGGAUUCUUCUGCUAAUUGACCUAAUUAUCCUAAAAAGUUUAACAACAGAGGGGAAUUUUUAGGAAUCUCAGUGAAGUGCUGCUUAAGAAAUGUUUACGAUAUUAGACUAUUUGUACCAUCGUUCUAAUAUGUAUUAAGUUAUACAGAUUUUGAAGAUUUUCGGAAUAAUAAAAAGUUAUUAGGCUUG